ACAGUUUACUCCAUUCUUUUUUAGUGUAAAAACUAGCAGUUUAUUAGUGUAUAAAAUAUUUUUAAGUGCAUUAAAUUCAUAAAUAUUGAAGAAUAAAAAAUAAUAGGGGAAAUUUUGCAAAAAGGAUCAAAAAUGACAAGUAAUGAGCAAAGUCUCAAUAAUUUAGUAAAAAGAAUAAAAUUACUGGAACUCGAAAAUCAGAAAUUACGAAAGGAAAAUGAAGUGUUGAAGAAAAAAUCAAGAACAUCGAUCAAUGAUAAGGAAAAUAAAUCUAAUGCCACUGUAAAUACGUUGAGUAAAACUUUGCCAAAUUUCAACAACAAUAAAUCAAAAGGUUGCACGUGCAAAGGAAAUUGCUCCAAUAAAAAUUGUGGUUGUAUGAAAAGAAAUUUUCGCUGUAAUGAAACCUGUAAAUGUAACGCUGCUUGUUGUAAAAAUAAGGAGAAGAACAAGAAAAAUCUUGAUGUCACUCGUGCGCAGGCAAUUCCAUUGGGACGGAAAAAGUCUCUAGAGAACCAAAAUGUAAAAAUAUCGAAUGAAAUCUCAAAACAUAAUAAUAUUGAACUAAGAGAGAAAAAUUCUCAUCAGGAACCAAUGCCAACGUGUUCAUAUAAUAAUAAUGAUAAUGAUGAUGAUUAUGAUUAUGAGAUUGAAGAUCAUGAUGAUGACGAUGUUUUUCACUAUACAGCCACAAAUUCAAAUUUAGAAAAUCCCCAAAUAAAUGCAGUGAAAAAAUUAACGUUCAUCUCCGAUGAGGACACACUCGACGGAAGAAACAUUGAAUUAUCAGCAAUUGAGGAAUUGGAAGAACACGAACAAUCAACGACUGUAUUACACAAAAAAGAUAAAAGCGACAAAAAUAAAAAAUCAACCACCGAACUAGAAAAAAAUUCAAAGCAAACAAAAAAGAAAGAUUCAAACAAAAAUGAUACGAAUUCAAAAAAGUCGAGAAAAAAUUCCAAUUCAAAAAGAAUUUUAUCCGAUGACUUGGAAAUUGAAAAUCUACCAACAAUCUCUAAUGUAACAUUACGUUCACGACAUAAUAAAAGAACAAAUAAAGAAAAAGGGGAUACUUUAAAUCUCGAGAGUAUAAAAUCAACCGGAGUGACAUCGUGUAUAAAAAGUAUUUCAAAGAAAACGGGAAAUUCUGAUACUUCAUUAAAUAAUGAUUGCACUCUACCAUCGUCAUCGACAUCGUGUAUAAAAAGUAUUUCAAAGAAAACGGGAAAUUCUGAUACUUCGUUAAAUAAUGAUUGCACUCUACCAUCGUCAUCGAGAUUAACAAGAAAUCAUCGAAAUAAUGUCAAUUCAUCGCGGACUAUUGACACUGAUUCCAAGAAACAAUCGAAAUUGAGACGAUCAUCAUCCAGUGAAUUAAUUUCUCGUGAGCAGGAUAAUAGAAAAGUGAGGACAAAAAUUAACAGAUCGAGGAGUGCGUCACGAGAGAGUUUAACUAAUGAAAUUGAUGAAAAUACGAGAAAAAGUUCCCAUCGUUCUUCAUCGGCUGAUAGUUUAGUAAAGAGAAAAUUUCUUCCUUCCGGAAAGAAGGAAGUGCCAGUGGCGCAAAGUUCUACAGUUUCACAGUCAUUGAAUAAUGCCGAUAGUCAGAAGUUGACGAUAAAGACUUUAAUAGAAUCGCCCGUGGUUACUAAUUUAAAUAAUUCCGAUGAGAAUGCAGAUCAGUCUGUCACUUUUGAUCCAAUGCGACCGACUCGUCAACUACCAAGAAGUCCGAUUCCACCUGUUAAAACUCUCGAUGAAACCUCUGUUGAAACUCCUGAUGCAACACCCGCUGUAACACCUGCAAGUUCAAUCAGUAAUUCUCCGCCGAUUGUCAGUAAAUAUCUUUUUUCACAGGGUCUUCAAAUUUCUAGUCCGCCACCUGAGAUUUUAGAAGAUCUAAAAGAGGUAGAAGUGGAUCCCGUAGUUUUUAGUAAGAAACUCGUUACUUGUCGUAAAUGUAAACGUUCCUUCUUUCCUCAUCGUAUUCAACUACACGAAGUUAUUUGCUCAAAGAAAUGAGAGUCCUAAUUUAUUUUUUCACUCAGUGAAAAAAAUGGAAAGCAAAUUUUACGUAAAAAAAUACAAAGAAAAGGAUUAAUGGAGAAAUCAAAUUUCGAUCAUAUUUUGUUUAAAAAAAAAGUCGUGAUAUUUAUUUGUGAGUAUAUUAAUUACUUUUUUAAACUUUUUUUUUGCGCAUUAUGACUUUUUUUUAAUGUGCAAUCGACGUAUGAUUAUAAUCCAAAAUGUCGAAUUUCACAUUAAUUAUUUAUUUUUAUAAUCGAAUCGAAAAUUUUUUUUCUUUCUUAUAUUAUCAGUAAUGUCAAAAAAAAAGAGAUUUUGAGACUGAAAAGAAUAUAUCUGAUUUCCUUUUUAUGUACGUUAAAAAUUAAUUAAUUAGUCAAUUAAAUUUUGUAGCAAUAUAAUUAUAUAA